AUGUCUCCCAUGAUGAGGAUCGUGCUGCCCGCUCUCGCGGUUGCCAGCACCGCCUUCGGUAUUAUCUCCAAAACUGCAACCUCCACCAUCCAGAACUCGGGCGAUGCGACCGCGUUGGCUUCGUGCAAAACUUUCUCGGGGAGCAUCGCCAUCUCCACAGGCACCUCGGACCCAAUUGCCCUCGAUGGCGUAGAGAAGAUCGACGGCAACCUAGCGUGCACUAACAACUCCGCUAUUCAAUCCAUAAGCGGCGGCUCUCUGUCGGAAAUCACGGGCCAGUUCCUGCUUGACACGGUGCAAGUUCUCAACACGGUGAACUUCCCCAAGCUCGCUACCGUCGACUCCCUCAAAUGGAACGCCCUCCCCAACCUUCAGACCCUGCAAUUCAACAACCAAAUCACUAAGGCCUCGAAAAUCGACAUCCAGAACACGCAGCUUCAGUCGCUCCAGGGUAUCAACAUUAAGAGUGUGGACACCCUGUACAUCGCUAACAAUCGGUACAUUAGCGACAUCUCGAUGCAGCUCGGCAAUGUCACUAGUUCUCUAACCCUCGAGGCGAACAACCCUGAAGUUAACGUUACUUUCCCUAACCUGAUCUGGGCCUUUAACAUGACGUUCCGCAACUGCUCUUCAGUUGAGGUGCCGUCUCUGGAGUCCCUGAACGGUUCCAUGGGGUUCUACGGGAAUGUUCUCACCAGUUUUUCUGCCCCCAAUCUCACCAAGAUUGGAGGUGCCCUUGCCUUCGUCUCCAACACUGAGAUGACGAACAUCUCCCUCCCCUUGUUGACUGAGGUCUCGGCCAACCUGCAGAUCGCGAACAACACCAAACUCGGCAAGAUCGACGGUCUGCCCCAACUAAAGACCAUCGGUGGUGCUCUUGACUUCAACGGCAACAUGUCCGAUAUCCAAAUCCCCCAGCUCAACGACGUCAAGGGUGCCUUCAACUUGCAGUCCACCGGUGACGUCCAGAAGGAGUGCGACGACUUCUUCAAGCCGCUCAAGAACAAGGGCAAGAUUCAGGGCAAGUUCGUCUGCGUCGGCAGCGUCGCUAAGCCCGGUGGUGAGGGCACCACGCCAACUGUCACUGGAGCCAGCGCCAAGAAGACUGGUGCUGCCUCGACCCUGAAUGUCCAGAGCAACGCUGCUAUGGGCCUUAUGGGCCUGGCUGCUGCUUUCUUCUUGUGA